AUGCGCCCUGGCUCAUCCACAACAUCAGGAGUGGCGGAGGAUGGUAAGGAAGAGUCGGUGGCCACUGACGACGACUCAGACCUCACAGCUGCCGAUACCAGCCUGAACAUCACGAUGGUGGAGGAGGGCUCCACUCUGAUGCGCAGGAUGGAGAUCUGUGUUGCCGAGGCCGAGAAAAGGAGCGGGAAAAAUGCAGUCAACAUGCAGGAGACAUUCACCGUGUAUCUUGUGGAAACACGGCCCAUGGAUGCAAUCGCUGAAGGUCGUAACCUAGCCCCCGACUCUCUGUGGAGGAGAUACAGUGAAUUUGAACUUCUGAGGAACUACCUGAUCGUUACCUAUCCAUACAUCGUGGUCCCCCCGCUGCCUGAGAAGAGGGCGGAGAUUGUUUGGCACAAGCUAUCGGCAGACAACAUGGACCCAGACUUUGUGGAGCGCCGGAGGGUCGGGCUGGAGAACUUCCUGCUCCGUGUGGCCUCACAUCCGGUCCUCUGCAACGACAAGAUCCUCUACCACUUCCUCACCGAGGAACACGGCUGGAAGGAGGUGGUGUAUGAGACAGGAUUUCAGGCAAAGGCAGAUUCCAGACUGAGAGCGCUGAGUGCCACCUUCAGGGUGAGGAGUCCAGAUAAGAGAUUCAUGGAGAUGAAACACUACAGCGACGAGCUGCAAGCUCACACAUCUCAGCUGCUCAGAGCUCGAGCGAGGGUCGCUGAUCGACUCUACGGAGUUUAUAAAGUCCACGGGAACUAUGGAAGAGUCUUCAGUGAGUGGAGCGCCAUAGAGAGAGAGAUGGGAGACGGGCUGCAGAGUGCGGGUCAUCAUAUGGAUGCAUAUGCUGCUUCUAUAGAUGAUAUCUUAGAAGAGGAGGAACAUUAUGCCGACCAAAUCAAAGAGUAUCUCUUCUACGCUGAAGCUCUGAGGGCAGUGUGCAGGAAACAUGAGCUGACCCAGUUCGAGCUGGAGAUGGCGUCCCAGGACCUCGUCUCCAAGAAGCAGCAGCGUGAGGAGCUGGCUACAGGGAUUGUGCGCACGUUCUCCUUCAAAGGGAUGACCAACAAGCUCUUUGGGCAGGAGGCUCCUGAGCAGCGGGAGGCCAGACUGAAGCUGCUGGAGGAGCUGAUCGUAGAGGGGGAAGACACCGUCAAGGAGAAAACUGUCGAGUGCGAAGAGCAUGUUGAACGUGCGUGGGUGGACAUGCAGCGCUUCAAGGAGCAGAAAGACAAAGACCUGCGGGAGGCGCUCAUCAACUACGCCGUCAUGCAGAUCAGCAUGUGCAAAAAGGGAAUACAAGUGUGGAGCAACGCCAAAGAAUGUUUCCUCAAGAUGUAGAAGACGCCAUAUUCACGAAGAGUACGCCUGCUGGGCGAGUUCUGGAGAAGUAAAGCAAUUUAAAGAUUGUGUGGUUUUCACAAGGUUUCUAUACAUGCAUUAAGUUUACAUUUUGGGAAUUAAUGAGGCCGGAAAAAGCUUUUUUGUACAAUGUGAUGUGCAGGACGAUUCUUCAGAGAUUGACUCUCAACCCCAAUUUUCACAUUCUCCGAGGGCGCUGCUGUCCGUCAGCGCUGCACACUAUAACGAUUGUUUUUCCACAGCGGGCGCCGCGGUCCGUCUCGGUAGCGUGCCAGCAGCGACACUACACCCUGCUCCGUUUCAAAUACGAGUCUCAUAUAGACGGAGCUUGCUGCAAGCACACGUCGAGCUGGACAGAAUAGAACGACCUGGACAGGAAGUCAGGCAAGGACGCACACAGAGCAUCUGGUCAAUUUCAAAAUAAAACACAAUAUACGGACUCACAAUCGACAUCCUCAUCCUCAGAAAUACAAAGCAACAUGUUUGCACGUCUUGUAGUUCUCCUGUGAUGUGCGUACGGCUGCUCAUGACUCACAUUACAGAAACUGAUCCAGUGGGGCAGGACGCACGGCGUCCGAUGGAGCUAACCGUGGUGCUGUCAGGCCACAACGCAGGACAGAGUAUGUGGACAUUGGGGGACAGAGUUUGGCUGUCUCAGACACAGCAAGGCUUUUCAUAAUAACCUUCAGUCAAGCUAUGAUACGAGUAAAAAUCUAACGAUGAUGAUAAUUGUUUCGAUUCAACGGCAACAGAAAUAGAAGUCCUCGUCACCCUGUGCGGUUUAACUCCUGCACAGUCUCAAUUCUCAAACAGCAAAACAUUGCUAACAAAUUUCUGCAAUUUGAAAAGUGUUUAGGAGUUUGCGUGCAAUUUUGAACCAAGUCUUUCCUCUCCAAAGAACCUUUCCUAUGAUAAAGAUGUAGUUUUUUUUCAAAGCUUCGGUCCGUCUCGAUUCUGUGAUCUUUAAAAUAACAGAUUGUAUCGUUUUUAAAACGUAUUGCACGUUUUGACAACCUUAUUGCUGAAUGCCAACAGAUGCUUUUUCGGCCCGUCUCUGCUCCACAACAACAUCUGAUUCACUUUACUCAAUGUGUCUGCUUCCACUGUCUCUGCUGCCUGUUGGUGGUGAAAGACGAGGGAGCGCGGAGAUGACACGUGACGCACACGCAUCUGGUGAAAGUUUGGGGUUAGACGCGGCCACAAUGAGUCUGACUAUUAACUCUUUAAUUCUUGAUCUACUAAAUCUUCCAAUUUUAAUGAAAUGCCAGAUUGAAAUGAUUAAAUGAUCCUCUGAAAAAGUCUAACUAACGAGUUAAAAUAACGUGCUCAGCGAGCGUUAACAGUCAGGAGUGGAUUUCUUUACUAAAACAUUUAAAUCAUGAUAUAGAAAACACCAUCCAGCUGUUUUCACAUCUGCACUCCUGAAAAUAUCUAGAUCAUUGGAGGAGGACUGCUCCGGAGAUUCUAAUGACCUGGCCAUAAUGCAGCAGGUUCAUUAGAGCACGGAGAUGGUAGAGGUGGCGUGCAGACAGUCUGUGGUCGUGCAGCGAUCACAGGGAAUAAACGUCACCACCCCCUCCCACUCGCUCCAGGUGAAUUCUCCUGAUUAUAUCCUGCUGCGUUCUCACAUCAGCUCACUCUGACUUUCUGCAGAAUAAAUACGAGGAGGCUGGAGGAGAAAAAUCGGAGAGAAAAAUGUGUCUGAUUGUGUUCACACAUGCAGCUCCUCCUGGAAUUUUUCAGGGGUUUCCUGCAUGUGUGAAAGCUCUAUCUGAGUGGCAUUACAUUCUUCUACUUCGAUUAACUCUUAAUAUAUUUAUGCUUUGAAUUAAUCUGUCGGGAUUGAAGAAGAUCCAGGACUUAUUCUCCUAAUGAGCAACAAGCUGCACACAAAGACUUUAUUUGUUUUAUUGGAUUAAUUAUUAAUUUAUUGACUGAAACUUCUGCGUUUAUUAUUUAAACAACAUUUCUGUUUCUAAUGUUUGCCAGCAAUAAGCUUCGUGUUUGAACCUGUGAAGUUUUUGUCCUCAUCCUUUUUUUUUUUAUAAUUGUAAUUUGGACGUUAUUUUUGUUGCUUUUAUUUGAAUUAAACUUGUUUUUUGAAUCAAUAAAUACCUCGAGAUCCUGCAGCUU